AUGCAGAGCGCAGUCAUCAACAAGCCUGUACAUGAUGAGCAUUUGUUCAUUAUCACACAUCAGGCCUAUGAAUUGUGGUUCAAACAAGUCCUGCAUGAGGUGGACUCUGUCCGGGCCAUGUUUAUGUCACCGGUUCUGGAUGAGACCAACACUUUGUUGAUUCUGAACCGGCUUGGACGAGUAACUUUGAUUCUCAAGCUGCUUGGGGAUCAAAUUGAUAUCUUGGAGACCAUGACUCCGCUAGAUUUCUUGGAGUUUAGACUUCAGCUAUCCACGGCCUCUGGUUUCCAAAGUCUACAGUUCCGUCUUUUGGAGAACAAGAUGGGGGUCUUGGAGUCAUCAAGAGUCAAGUACAACCAACAAGUCUACAGCAAAGUGUUUUCACAGCCCAAACAAGUACAGCAGCUACAAGAAUCCAUUGAGCAGCCAUCUUUGUUUCAGUUGGUAGAGAAAUGGCUGGAGAGGACACCUGGCCUGACAACAAAAUCAUUCAACUUCUGGGAGCUUUACAAGAGAUCUGUUAAUAUGUGGCUGCAUGACAUGCUCCAGACACCAGCAGAGAAAGAGACUGACCCAAAGGCCAAAGAAAUCCUUUUUGAAGAGUAUAAGAAACAGAAGGAAAGUUUUGACAGCAUCUUAGACGAAGAUAAAUACAACGCGUCUGUGGCCAGAGGUGAUCGUCGCAUCAGUCAUCAGGCAUUCAAGGGUGCAUUACUCAUCUCACUGUACCAUGACCAGCCACGGUUCAAUCAGCCAUCCAAGCUUCUCUCCCUUCUUAUGGACAUCGACUCCCUGUGUACUAAGUGGAGAUACAACCACGUGAUGAUGGUUCAGAGAAUGAUCGGCAGUAAAGUGGGCACAGGAGGAUCAUCAGGCUACCAGUACCUUCGCUCUACCGUCAGUGAUCGCUACAAGGUGUUUUUGGACCUGUUUAACAUGUCCACCUACUUGAUACCUCGAGAUUACAUUCCGCCUUUGUCACGGACAUUGAGGAGACGGCUCAGCAUGUUGACCCAUGAGCCCACGCACCAUGAAAUUGGCAAAGCAAAUGGCAAUGAUGAAGAUGAUGAUGGGGAAGUUUCUGUAGAUGUUGCAGAGGAAGAAUUUAGAAGUUUUGGUCUUGCAACAGAAAACUGA